AGCCCGGGCGAUGGGCGGAGACGGCCGGGGCUGCUCCUCGGCUGCCACCGCCGCAGCGGCUUGGGGGCGCAGGGCGGCCUGGGGCGGCGGAGCAGGCGCCACCUGAGUUCCUCCGGAGGGAACCGAGGCAGCCGGGGAGGUCAGCGGAGGGCCUCUGCCUGCCCACGCCCGAGCCGAGAGCUCCCGGCCGGCCUCCCCGUGGCCGCGGCGGCGCUGCACCCGCCCUGGCCGCCGUCGGGUCGCCGCGGGGGCUCCGGCAGUCCCAGUCCGGGGAUCGUCCGGUUCUGAGCAGAAAUCUUCUCUGUUCUUAUAAACAGCCCAAGUGUGCAGAAUGCCCCACAAGAUUGGAUUUGUAGUUGUCAGCUCAUCUGGACACGAAGAUGGCUUCAGUGCCCGGGAACUCAUGAUUCACGCACCAACCGUCAGUGGAUGGAGGUCACCCAGAUUUUGCCAGUUUCCACAAGAAAUUGUUCUUCAAAUGGUGGAGAGAUGUCGGAUAAGAAAACUUCAGUUACUUGCUCACCAGUAUAUGAUUUCAAGUAAAAUUGAGUUCUACAUCAGUGAAAGCUUGCCUGAAUAUUUUAUACCCUAUCAAGCAGAGCGGUUUCGAAGACUUGGCUAUGUCUCUCUCUCUGAUAAUGAGAAGACGGGGUGCAAAGCCCGGGAACUAAAAUCCGUUUACGUAGAUGCAGUAGGGCAAUUUCUUAAGCUCAUUUUUCACCAAAACCAUAUCAACAAAUACAACAUCUACAACCAGGUUGCUUUGGUUGCAAUAAAUAUCAUUGGAGACCCUGCAGAUUUCAGUGAUGAAAGCAAUAUUAUCUCUAGAGAGAAGCUGGUUGACCUUUAUCUCGGGCACAACACGGAGGACCCAGCCCUGGAAGGCACUUCUGCUGGGAAAUCUGACUAUAUCUCUCCACUAGACGACUUAGCUUUUGAUAUGUACCAAGACCCAGAAGUUGCACAAAUUAUACGCAAAUUGGAUGAAAGAAAACGUGAAGCUGUCCAAAAAGAACGCUAUGAUUAUGCCAAGAAAUUAAAACAAGCUAUUGCUGAUUUGCAAAAGGUCGGUGAGCGCCUUGGGAGGUACGAGGUGGAGAAACGCUGUGCUGUGGAGAAGGAAGAUUACGACCUGGCCAAAGAGAAGAAGCAGCAGAUGGAGCAGUACCGUGCCCAGGUGUACGGGCAGCUGGAGCUGCACAGCCUCCUGGACGCUGAGCUGAUGCGAAGACCUUUUGAUUUGCCCCCACAGCCCCUUGUUCCUUCUGGAAGCCCUGGCCAGCGAAAGCCCAUGCCUUUACUGCCACAGCUGGAAGAAAGAGGCACAGAAAACCGGUUUGCAGAACAUUUCCUUCAGGAAAAGCCUUCGUCAUAUUCUCUAACUGUCUCUCCUCAGCACCCAGCAGCAGACCAGUCACUGCCUGCCACAGAGCCUCCUCCAAAGACCAGUGUGGAGUCUCUUCCCUAUGAUGAGCGGCCACUUCCAGCUAUUCGAAAGCAGCAAGGGGACACAUUGGUGGAGCCAGAAAUGAGUGACACAGACGUCAGGGAUGCACAGAAAGGGGCCGUUUCAGGGGAGCCAGAGCCCUUGACAGAGAAAGCCCUGAGAGAAGCCAGCUCUGCCAUCGAUGUGUUAGGAGAAACCUUGGUUGCCGGAGCGUAUUCCAAGACGUGGUCUUACCGAGAGGAUGCGCUGCUUGCUUUGUAUAAACAGCUGAUGGAAAUGCCCAUUGGAACUCCAAAAGAAGAUUUGAAAAACUUACUAAGAGCCUCCAUCUUCCUCAUCCAAAGAGCCAUAAAGGACAUUGUGAGCUCAGUCUUCCAGGCUUCUUUGAAGUUGUUGAAAAUGAUCAUCACUCAAUAUAUCCCUAAACACAGGCUGAGUAAACUUGAAACAACUCACUGUGUGGAGAGGACCAUUCCCAUCUUGCUGACCAGGACUGGGGAUUCUUCUGCCCGCCUCCGUGUCAUGGCUGUAAAUUUCAUUCAGGAAAUGGCCUUGUUUAAGGAAGUGAAGUCUUUCCAAAUUAUUCCGUCUUACUUGGUGCAGCCAUUAAAAGCAAACUCUUCAACUCAUCUGGCAAUGAGUCAGAUGGAGCUCCUGGCCCGGCUGCUGAGAGACCUGGGCACCGAGAGCUCCGGCUUCACUGUGGACAACGUGAUGAAGUUUUCAGUGAGUGCCCUGGAGCACAGAGUGUAUGAGGUUCGAGAGACAGCGGUUAGAAUAAUUUUGGACAUGUAUAAACAGCACCAGGCUUUUGUUCUAGAGUACCUUCCUCCAGAUGACAGCAACACACGCAAGAACGUCCUCUACAAGACAAUCUUUGAGGGAUUUGCUAAAAUAGAUGGCAGACCUACAGAUGCUGAAAUUAGGGCACAGAAAAAAGCAGCUACAGAAGAAGCAGAAAAACAAAAGAAAGAAGAAAUUAAAACCCUGCAGGGGCAACGGGCAGUGCUGAGAGAGGCGGAGGCCAACACCCAGGAAAAAGAGAGUGAUGCUGUGAAGCCAAAGGUUCAGGAUUCUCAAGGAAGGAAAGCAGCCCUGCCUGAAGCUCCAGCUGUGGAAAUUCCAGACAGCCACUACUUAGACAAUUUAUGUAUCUUUUGUGGGGAGAGGAGUGAAUCUUUCACAGAGGAAGGCCUGGACCUCCACUAUUGGAAGCACUGCCUCAUGCUGGCCAGAUGUGAGCACUGCAAACAGGUGGUGGAGAUUUCCAGCCUGACGGAGCACCUGCUGACAGAAUGUGACAAAAAGGACAGGUUUGGGAAGUGCUACCGUUGCAGCGAGGCUGUUUUAAAGGAAGAGCUGCCCAGACACAUAAAAGCUAAGGACUGUAACCCUGCCAAACCAGAGAAGCUGGCAAACCGCUGUCCUCUGUGCCAUGAGAAUUUCACACCUGGGGAAGAGGCAUGGAAGGCUCACCUCAUGGGCCCUGCCGGCUGCACUAUGAACCUGCGGAAGACACACAUUCUGCAGCGAGCCCAGGCGCUGCCCGGUAGAGGCCCCCCAGCGGGCAGGCCAGGCCCCUCCGCGUCUAAGAUGGGAAGCAAGAUCCCUACGCCAAAGGGCGGCCUGAGCAAAAGCUCUGGCAGGACAUACACAAAGCGAUGACGGGUGUUGGGUCUGUCAGUCUGCGUGGGACUAAGAACUUUCUUUAGCCUUGGCAUCGGCCCCUGCUGGGCCGUGCACGGGCCCUUCCUUGUCAGCAUCCUGCGGCUCCUGCAAAGGACAUGUGUGGAACUGAUCAGAGAGCCCGUGUCCUCACCACACUAUGUCAGGCCUUUGUGAGGAACAGAAGAGUAGCCGGUCUGUGUGGAAAGAGCCAGAAAUCCCUGCACAGGGAGGUAGGAAAGCAGCCCCAGGCAGGCAGCAGCGCACAGCUUCCACUUUUCUUAAUUGCUUACAGCAAUUUCCAUAAAAAAUUUACUAUAAACUCUUUGCAUAUUGGUCUCUGUCACACCUGGUAGAAUUUCCCCAGGACUUUGUCUCAGCUGGGCUGUAGUCCCAGGGGCCAGACGGGGUGCACAGAGGUCCUACCACAUGCCGCCCUCCCCUGCAGGCCUUGCCCCUCGGCUUUCUGCCCGGUGCUGAGUCCCAGGUGCAGGGUGUGGGCAUCUGCAGAGCUCAGGUUUCACUGUAACAGGUAGUAAAGGUAAAAAGGGAAAUCUAAACAAGGUAGCUCCUGAGCACAGCCCACUGCAGCAUGCGCCUCGCCAUGUGUUUGUUACCAAGCACUGUUGGUACCGCAGACCUCACCCACUGGAACUGGGGCUGACAUUGACUUGGCUCAUGGGGCCGUAUCAGGCCUUUGCUCAGAGGUACUUCAAAUUCUCCACACUUCUGAAUUCCUGGGGAAAAAAUGUUAAAUGAUUCUACCUGAUUGCCUGUGCUCACCUAACUGACCACAUGUGUCAGAACUACCCUUUCUUAAAAACCUUGCUUAGACUGCAGCAUAGAAUAGCUUCUGCAUUUAAUAACUAUGGUGGAGUCUUCAGCAUAAGUCCACAGGCUCAAAAUCUUUCUGGUCUGGGUCUGUUGUCCUGUCCUUUUCAAAUCCUUAUUGUAAUUGGAACUGUAAAUUUACUUUUUUCAAAUGGUUUAUAGGAUGUUUAAAACACCUAAACUGCUUAAAAUGGUGAAACCAAACCUCAAAAACAGUCCCCUAAGCAGAUCUUUACCCACCCUUCCACCCUGUGGUCCUGCAGAAGUGGGUUCAGGGUUCCUUCCAGGAACUUCUGAGACACUCGCCAUCCAGGCGGAGACGGCUGUAGGGACAGCCAAGGUCCAUCUGAAACCUACCUGGAAACACCCAUCUGUGCUGUAACCCUCUGUUCCCCAAGUCCCACGCCCACUGCAGACUGAAAGACAGUCAUUUCCAUGUCCAGAGCCGUGUUUCCUUCCUGUGAGGUGAGCCAACUUUCACAAUCCUAGUCAGAAAUGUUGAAGGUUGAUGAAAUUUGUAUAACGCAAUUAGGAUAUAAAUAAUAUUUUUUAAUCCCCAACCGUGUGGAACAACAAAAUAUAUAAAAACUAAUAGCAAUUUGAGCAGUAAAGCCUGGAUAUAUUAGCAACCACGAUUUGCAUUAAUCAGUCUCCCAUUUUUGGUAAACUGAUACCUCUGGUAUGGUUGACUACAAAUACUGAGUAAGACCUACCAAGAAAAUAAUCUUUAAAAAUACACUUUACUAAAAGUUUUUAAAAGUAUGAAAGGAGAAAUAACUUAAAACUUUAUUAGACAAAGACACCAAGAUGUUUACAAAAUGGUCCUUCCUGGUUUCAAAGAGAUGUUGGUCAUUAUUUUCUAAUUCGAUUCUAAAGUACAGAUAAAACACUUCUUUAAAUAGAACAAUGAGAAAAGUUUACCAAGGAAUUAUUCUUUUCUCUCUAAUCAAAACUUUAAAAACAUAAAUGUGUGAUGUUUCAAUAUACUGUAACUUAAAGAAGAUAUUUGCAAAAAUAUUUUUGGUGAUUGACAAACACAUUUGGGCUCAUUUAAAACAGGUUACUCUUGCUGGUUAUGGAAGAAUCAUGUGUUUAUGUUGAAAUGAUUCUGGCAGUGAUUAAUGCUACUCAGAGCUUUGGAGUUAUACACUAUUAAGGGACCCAGAAUAAAGGACAGAAAGUUUAAAAUGAACUCUUAAGAUCACUUGGUCGUUCAUAAAUAUUAUAAAUAUCUAAAUUUGGAACACCAAUUCAUAAUUGAAUUUUCACUCAUGAGUAUGUUAUGUAUAUUUAAUAUUUAUUUCUACUUUCAUAUUUUAAGAAUGCUAUUCAAUAAUCUAAUUUAAAAGAAUUGUAUCUAUAAAUUUGGCAUUAGAAUACAAAUGUAUAUUCUUUUUAAUGAAAAUUUGCAACUUUGUAAUAUUUUAACAGUUUUCUACUUGUCUUGAUUUUAAGUACCAGAAUUAAAAGUAAUAUAUUUUUGUUGCUUUAGGGCUUAAGGUUUAAUUCACCUGAGCAUAUUAAUAAAAAGAUCACUAAAUGUUUUGUCACUUUUAU